GCGAGAAUAAAGCAAGAUGGCGUCUGACGGUGAAGACGUUAUUGCAGUCGUCACAGUUCAGUGUUCUUAAUCUGUGUCUCCAUGGACACAUAUAUUUCCUUUAUUACACUCUAGUAAAUAGAGUAAACAUCGUUAAUAACUGUUUGCAUCCGGUUAUAUUAGUCUGAGCGCACUUUGAUGCUUCUCGAGCUAGCUUAGCCUGCUAGUUAGCUUAGCUUGUUAGCUGCUAACAAAGAGAGGCGGAAGUGAUCAAAACACAUCACUAAGUAGAGAUCAAGUGUGAGUGUAAAGUGUUGUGAUUGUGUGAAAAUGUGCCAAAGAACCACAGCAGAGUACGAGGAGGAACUUUGUCCAACAAAAGAGGAGAAGGAGCGACAACAUGAAAAACAUCAAGUUGUGUUACACAGAACAGACAUCCAUCAGCUGAUUGGACACCAAGAAGAAUGUCUCCCUCAUCUGCAGGGGGACAGUUUCACUUUAGAGUAUCCACAGCCCUCACAUUUUAAAGGGGACAAGGAGGUUCCACAGCCCUCUUAUUUUAAAGAAGAAGAGGGGGGAGAGUGUCCUGUAGGGCAGGAGGAGGCUGAUGUCAGCAAGUUUCCACUGACUGUUGUCUCUGUGAAGACUGAAGAGCAUGAAGACAAACCACCUGAGUCCUCACAGCUUCAUCACAGUCCAAACAUCUGUGAAGAACAUCUUCACCCUGAGCAACAGAAGUGGAGCUUCAGGAUGCGGACGGAGGAGCCACAGCCCUCCCACAUUAAGAAGGAAGAGGAAUACCCACUGAUACCCCAUUUUAAAAAGGAAGAGGAGGACCCACUGACACCCCAUUUUAAAAAGGAAGUGGUGGAUCCACUGACCCCUCACUCUAAGGAGGAAGAGGAGGACCCAGUGACCCCUUACAUUAAAGAGGAAGAGGAGGAAGAGGGCAUCAGUCAGCCUAAAUGGUUGGAGGAGUUCCCAGUGACUGGUGUCCCUGUGAAGAGUGAAGAUGAUGAGGUGAAAGGUGAAAGUGAGGAGAGGGGAGGGGGGGAGCCUCCAAGCAGCAGCUCAACACAACACAUGACAACAGAAGCUGAUGGAGACCACUGUGGAGGAUCACAAGCAGACAAGCUCUUAGCUCCACUAUCAGAUAGUGAGGACACAACGUCACACUCUCCUGACACUGAUGAUGAAGACUCUAAAGAUGAUAAGACAUGUCACACUGACAACACUCACUUCACAUCUUCUCACUGUCACAAAACUUUUAAAUAUCCUAGUUAUUUGAAAAGACACAUGAGAACACACACUGGAGAAAAACCUUUUUCUUGUUCACUCUGCAGUAAAGGUUUUAGACAAAGUAUCAAUUUGAAAGUACACAUGAGAACACACACCGGUGAAAAACCUUUUUCCUGUUCAAUCUGUGGUAAAGUUUUUAUUCGAAGGUACUAUUUAAAAUCACACAUGAGUACACACACUGGAGGAAAACAUUGUUCCUGCUCAGAAUGUGGUAAAAAUUAUACUCAAAGCCAUAAUUUGAAAACACACAUGAGAAUAGACACUGGAGAAAAACCUUUUCAUGUUCAAUCUGUGGUAAAAAUCUUACUCGAAGGCAAAAUUUUAAAACACACAUGACAAUACACACUGGAGAAAAACCUUUUUCAUGUUCAAUUUGUGUCAAAAAUUUUACUCAAAGGCAAUCUUUGAAAGUACAUAUGAGAUUACACAAUGGAGAAAAAAAAUGUUUCCUGCUCAGACUGUGGUAAAAGUAUCGUACUAAAUCAAAGUUUAAAAGUACAUAUGAGAACACACACUGGAGUAAAACGUUUUUCAUGUUCAAUCUGUGGUAAAAAUUUUACUCGAAGGCAAAAUUUUAAAACACACAUGACAAUACACACUGGAGAAAAAACCUUUUUCAUGUUCAAUUUGUGUUAAAAAUUUUACUCAAAGGCAAUCUUUGAAAGUACAUAUGAGAUUACCACUGGAGAAAAUAAAAUUUCCUGCUCAGAA